AUGUCCCCUUACAGACUGGUCAAUGGAAAGGCUUGUCACUUGCCUUUGGAGUUAGAGCAACGCGCAUAUUGUGCCAUCAAAGAGUCAAAUUUUUACCCAAAGCUCUCAAAGCAGAAGCAACUUUUGCAACUGAAUGAACUCGAUGAGUUUCGCUCGUCGGCAUAUGAGAAUGCCAAGUUAUAUAAAGAAAAGACCAAGAAAUGGCACGAUGCUCAUAUUGUGCCUAAGCAGUUUACAGAAGGCAAUCAUGUGCUACUGUAUAACUCUCGCUUGCGUCUAUUUCCUGGCAAACUAAAGUCGAGAUGGAGUGGACCUUUUAAGGUGAGACAUGUAGCUGAGCAUGGCGCAAUUGAGCUCGAAAGUGCAAAUGGCGAGACUUUCAAAGUUAAUGGUCAUAGGUGCAAACCAUACUUAGUUCCGUUGACAGACGAAGGACGAGAGUGUUACACUCUCGAUGCCCCAAACUAA